AUCAUCCGCAAAGCAUUACAAUCUAUAUUUGAAUUUUGUCAGCUUAUAGGAUUUAGAAGAAUGAGAAUUGAAUCAAUAUUUUUGUUUAUUCUUCUUCAAUACCCGAGGCAUCUGAACGCAGCAGCAUGUCGUGAAACGCCCAUGGAUCUUGUAUUUGUGCUGGAUGGAUCGGGUUCCAUCAGAGAUGAGAAUUGGGAGCUUAUGAAGUCAUGGGUCAAGUUGGUAGCAGAAAAUUAUGACUUAGGCGGAUUAACACAGAUUGGCAUCGUUCAGUUCUCACACUGGUUUCCAAAUGAAAGCGCACAGCCAUAUUUAAAAACUGAAAUACAGCUCGGAAAACUGAAGACUGAAGCCCAAUUCAAGGCCGCUGUUGACGAAAUAUCAAUUCAUGGAUUCACAACUUACACUGCACAUGCUAUCAACAAAACAGUGAAUGAAGAUUUCAUGAGAUCUGAUCGUUUUUAUGAUGCUUCAGUGAAGAAAGUCAUUAUUUUAUUUACAGAUGGAAGAUCUACCGACAGAAAAGAUUUGCUUUCGUCAGCAAAAUAUGCUCGGUCAAAUGGGAUUACUAUAUUUGCAGUUGGUGCUGGAGGUUAUGUAAUGGAGGAAUUACAGAUUAUUGCAAAUGGCCAGAUCAAUAACAAUGAACGAGUGAUUACAGUUUCAAAUUUUACUAGGCUGAAUACUACGGUAGAUAUUUUAAAGCAAGGUAUAUAUGCUAUCCAAGCUCCCUUCAUAGUGUCUCGCUACACUUGCACAACUUCAUCGCUAGAAGUUCAAUGGAAAACAACUACAUUUAAGUCGGUCUUCUCAUACAGACUUCAAAUUCAGGAUCUCAAGACCAAAGAAAUCAAGAAGACAAGCGUUCAAUUACUCAUGAAAAAGGAACCAACAAUAAAAAUUCACGAAGAAAACACAUCUUCGAAGUUUGCUUGCGUCACUACGACAAAUUUGUAUAUUUCAGGAAACUACGAAAUCGUUGUUGAGCAAAUAUCGGCAAAAACAAACAGUCAAAAAAAAACCAUAUCCAAAGUUCUUCACAAUGCAAAUGGAAAGACUAUUAUGCGGUUAACGUUUCUUGACUUUGUCUAAGUUAUAUUCCGGAUAUCAGACAUUUUAAAAAAAAAAAAAUAUUUUUUACACAUUCCAAUUUAAAACACAUGUAAAUCUAUAAAUGUGUGCGUGUUUUUUUCAUUCAGUGUAUCGGUGGAAACCAAAUAAACAUAUUAGGACAAUCCAUCUAUUAUAUGCUGAUAUAGCCACCACCACAUUCAGAGUGUAAUAAACUUGGUUAGGAAUGCGGAACCGGAAAUAUUCUUGUCCACCAAGCUCUGUUCUUUAUGUAUCAUCGACUACUUCUGGUUUCUUAUUCGAGGUAAAAGUGUGGAGAACAUUUCAUAAAAAUAGUGCCAACUGAUUACAGCUCCAAACUUGAUUGGAAUCCUGAUUCAAAUCGAUAAUACAUUCAAUUAUUCAGGCUGUAUUUGGGAAUUUGAUAAUGGCAAGGAAAGCCAACAUUGUUUGACAAUACAAUAAAACUAAGUUUAGGUGAAUUGAACUAAAUGUUCUCUUUGCCAUUCAGAUUCCAGAUUCAGAUUUUGUCAUA